CUUGAGGAGUGGGUGACGAAGAGCAAUCACCACCACCAGGAGAAAAAAAAAAAAGAAAAAAGAAUACCAGGAGCGAUAAAAUGCACGGACUACAUGGGUCCAUUUAACUGUCAAAUAUACGGUUGGGUCUUUUGAGGGUUUGUUCCUGGCGAUGUCUUUUGGAGAACACUAUUUCAACACAAUAAAGGUCCUCUGUCAAGCAGAGCUUUCUGGGUAUUUUUUUUUUUACCAGUUGGCUGCUUUUUCCAGGGAUGCUAGCUGAGCUAACCUAGCUAGCUAGCUAGCUAGCUAGCUAACAAUUAGCCUUUUCCCAUUUAGCCACACUGGUCACUUGGGUGUCUCGGUUCUUGCAAGAGGAUAACAAGCACUGAGCGCAAUUUUUUAAAGCGAUAUUUUUUUCGUUCGGAUUGCCACAACGGUCAUCGUCCGUCGAGUGCCUUGUGGCAGCGUGCUCGCCUGACUGUUAGUUCGGUAGAUGGACAGUUUUAACGGGCGCUCAUCGUCGCUGCGCGGGCGUACAGUGUUGGUUUCUGGGCGGCUAGCCUUGUACUCGGCCGGGCGACCAGCAGAGGGAUUGUACAAAUGUAGCAGCCAGUACUGUCCCACUGUCUCUGGGACCGUAAGUGGUAGUUUGGAAUAAAAACCCGGAUUGUGUUAGACUUGCGGUUUUAGUUUACUAGCUUUAACGUAUUGGUUAACACUGACAAUCCAUCAAGUUGUCAACGUUAGCUUUGGUUAUAACGUUAGCAAGCAUUUAGCCUACAAGCUAGUUGACGUUACCCUAACUAAUUUCAGCUUUUUUUUUUUUUUUUUUUUUUUUUUUUUUUUUUUGAAAAAGUGCAUCAAAUAAAACUGUUAUUUACGCGUUCGGUAGUCAUAUGAGAUAUUUGACAUGUUGCAUUGCACAUUGUGUGUCCCUGUCGCCUGAGGAUCUACUAAAGACUUUGACGUUAGUUGUCAAAUAUUUGACACUUGACAGCAGUUUCGCCAACAAACAAGACGGUCACAUUCUGCACCAAGAGCCCGUCGAGCUCCAUUAUUCAGCGUGUGGAUAUAACUUGUUGACAAAAACGGGACUGUUGCUCAUUUCUCUGAUACUUGUGUGAGGUGUAGCCCGGCGGCCCCCUUGUCAGACGGGCUUUUCAGCUCAUGCGGUGAUGACUUUAGACUCCAUGAUGGCUUGUUGCCUGAGUGAAGAGGCGAAGGAGUCCAAACGAAUCAACGCAGAGAUCGAGAAACAACUCCGGCGAGACAAAAGGGACGCAAGACGGGAGCUGAAGCUUCUUCUGCUGGGUACUGGAGAGAGUGGCAAGAGCACCUUCAUCAAGCAGAUGAGAAUAAUCCACGGGUCAGGCUACACAGAUGAGGAUAAGAAGGGCUUCACCAAACUGGUCUACCAGAACAUCUUCACCUCGAUGCAGGCCAUGAUCCGUGCAACCGAGACCCUCAAGAUCCCGUACAAGUACGAACAGAACAAGAACAAUGCCCAGGUGGUGCGUGAGGUGGACGUGGAGAAGAUUUCAUCAUUCGAGCAGCCGUACACCAGUGCGAUAAAGAUGCUGUGGGCUGACCCUGGCAUCCAGGAGGCCUAUGAUCGCAGGAGAGAGUACCAGCUCUCCGACUCAACCAAAUAUUACCUUAAUGAUUUAGAGCGAAUAGCGUCAGCGGGGUUCAUGCCCACUCAGCAGGAUGUGCUGCGGGUUCGAGUGCCUACCACCGGUAUCAUUGAGUACCCGUUUGACCUGGAGAGUAUUAUCUUCAGGAUGGUGGACGUGGGGGGUCAGAGGUCAGAGAGGAGGAAGUGGAUCCACUGCUUUGAGAACGUCACCUCCAUCAUGUUUCUGGUGGCGCUCAGCGAGUACGACCAAGUCCUGGUGGAGUCGGACAACGAGAAUCGGAUGGAGGAGAGUAAAGCUCUGUUCAGGACCAUCAUCACGUAUCCGUGGUUCCAAAACUCCUCCGUCAUCCUCUUCCUCAACAAGAAGGACCUGCUGGAGGAGAAGAUCAUGUAUUCUCACCUGGUUGACUACUUCCCAGAGUUUGAUGGCCCCCAGAGGGACGCCCAAGCAGGUCGGGAGUUCAUCUUGAAGAUGUUUGUGGACUUGAACCCAGACAGUGACAAGAUCAUCUACUCCCAUUUCACAUGCGCCACCGACACGGAGAACAUCCGCUUCGUCUUUGCCGCCGUCAAAGACACCAUCCUGCAGCUCAACCUCAAAGAGUACAACCUGGUGUGAAAAGAGAAACGGAAAGAGAGGGAGAGGGAGAGAGAGAGAGAGAGAGCAAGACCUGCAGCCCCACACACACACACACACACACACACACACACACACACACACACACACAAUGCAGAGUCCACUUCUAGAAGCACACACAAUUGCAUGAAACACACUGCUGCUCAAAGAGUUCUCUACCAGACCAACCUAAUCCAUGAUCUGUCCCCACUGUCCACUGAGCUCCUUUGUUGUUGGUUUGCCCAUUUAUUUUCGAAGACUGGUAAUCUUCUUUGUGGUUCUGAUAAUUGCUCCUCUUGUACAAACACAAAUAUAACGCUCCCUACAUUUGUCCCACCCCCCCCUCUCCUCUCUUGUUGGUCUGGGCCCUGCUCACAUGUUUUCUUUCUUUACACUACAUUAUCACCAGUGCUUGUGUGUUGGAGGUGGGUAGACGAGGCUUCGAAAGACAAAGGGCUCUCUCCCCUUCUUCUUAUUUAACCCAUGCAUGCUACACACUACAGCAGGAGGGCACGAGGCCAGGCUGCAGAACCAGGACUCUGUUCCUCUGCUAAAGGAGUAACUAAUUAUGAUGAUAGGAAUACAUUAUCAAGCCGUGCUGGGGUUGCAGUGAGGUACUUGGUUCCCCUGGGUAUUGAUUUGUGUAUUUGAUUUUUUUCUUUGCCCCGAAUCAGAGCGCAGCAGCUCUGUUGAAUGUAAAUAAUGUUUUCAUGCUGCUCACACCGAGUGAGGGCUAGACGGAGACGACUACAUGCUCUCCGUCGACUUUAAAUAUUUUCUGCUAUGUUAACUUCUCGGUUAUAUUAUUACUGCUUUUGAUCUCCAAUUGCAAUUGAAUUGAAGAUGACUACUCAAAGGAAUGCAAUGCUCCUUUUUACAAGCGUUAACACAGACGGCGAGACUAAGAAUUGAGAGACGACACUACCGAUUAUUUACAUUCUGUUUAUCAACACUCGUCAUUUUGUAUCACAUUGCCAAAUUUAAAACCACCUACUUUUUGUUUCUGUAAAUAUAAUUAGCUAGCCAGUAUCCUGUUCAUCCCUUCAGUGUUCAGAUACUAACAUGUAUUUGGAAACAGGUAUUGCCAAAAAAUGAAGCGCUUCAGUGAUUAAGUGGAUCCUUCAGAUGUUGAUGGCAUAACAACUCACUUCGUGUGGCAUUUUUUUUUUCUUCCCGUGUUGACUGUGUCUGAAUCACACGCGUAUUAAUUAGUACUGUGUUUUAUUUUCUCUGUUCCCUUUGAUGGUGAGAAUAAUCUUCCUGUGCACGACGUGCGAAUGACGAUGCCCGAUCAGUACAGUGCAAUAGUCGGUUUGUAGAUAAAGGUUUUGCGCUGCGAGUUAGUUGGUCUUGAUCAUCCAUAUGGCUUCUCUCUGUAAUCCACUUUGUUUUGCCAUAUUAUUGGGCCAACAUUUGAUAAACUGUAAUGCAUAGCGAGACAGUAAAUACUUUUUUUUGUUUUUCUAAUUUAUCAAACGGAUCGGAGUAUUGUUGAUACAGUAAAUGAGACUUCCUCCCUAGUUUCAGCUCAAACGUUUUUCCAACUGAGGAGACGGGAGGAGAUUUUAUACUGCUGUGAAAAUAUCAAAACAAUUUUACGGACAAGUGUUCUAUCUUUCUAAUGAUACUUCAUGUAUUUAGUUGUCGCAAAUUCUGUUUUAAAAUGUUUGACAAUGGGGUUUGUGCUUUAUGCAAAUAGGAAAAUGAAAUCAGACAAAAAAAAAACGUAGUGGUUGAAUAUUUACCGUUCAAGGAUGCUUGCAUUUUUAAUUUUAUUUUUUUGUAAUUUUGAAGGAUAUGUGUUGGAUAUUGGUACCAAUCCCAUAUCGUGUCUCUUGCCUGGUGGUUGUUUGAAUAUUCCAUUAAGCUGAAUGUUGAUAGGUGGCUAUUUUCUGUCUUCACAAUGUAAUUCAGGUAAGUUUUCAUAACGUUUUCAUCACAAGGGCUACUAGCAGCUUUGGUAGAAAGGACACGACUCUAUGAACGGCAUAGAGCAAAAGGUGCAAUUAAUUCACGAGGGAGGGGGGGGAGCAAUGAAUGAACGAGUGUGGUGACUUCCUGUUGAGGGUGAUGGCCGCAGGUUCAGUGAGGGAGGAAUGCAGCGGUCCACAGAUGCCUACAUGACAUGGUGGCUGUUUGGCUCUUUGUUCAACAUCUUUUUGCCUUUGGAGGAGGAGACUGGCUAAUGUCAGAAGAAGCGGGGUUUCCCAAGGUGCAAUAGCACAUCUUUAGUGUCCUGGCUAUCGCUAAACUAACCGUCCUCUUACUGUCAUGAAUUAUAUAUGCUGAUCUUCUUGGCUUUAUCAUAUUUUCCACUAUGUGGUUAUGCAUAUUUGGCUUCUCUCUUCUCAUUGGUAGUGUUUCCAUGUUUGACUUUGGCAUUUGGCUGUGUUUGGAGUGAGAAGAAGGGGAAGUUCUCGGGACAUUUUGACCUUUUUGUGCACAUUUGAAAGAGCUGGAAGGGUCAGAUUAAACAUCAAAGAUCCGGCCGUACUCCCUCUGUGUAUCUUAAAAAGUUUGCCAAAAAGGUUUACAAAUGUAGAAAAGCAGUAUGAUCUGCUAAAUUUUAGGGGGAAUUCCCCCACCCUUUGUAUUACUUUGCCUUGGUUGUAUUCACAUGUACCCAGUGUGAGUAAUCGUCACAUCUUUAGUAUAAACGUGUACAUUGUGUUGAUGAUGAAGCCAUUAUCGUGAGACUGUGUGCAUCCUGAGACACUUAAUGAAGAAGGGACAUGUGUAUAUUUAUGCUAAGUGCCAUCAUUUUCCACGAGUUGAGACAACAUCGGAGAUGUUGCGACGCUCCGACUUUGGCGAGUCAACUUAUUCCUGCGGAGAUCUCGUUGUGUUGGUCGUGGGUUAAUCUUUGGUGCUUCAGUAAACAUUUAAAGGCCUUUUUUUUCUUGACCAGUUUGUCCCGUUUAUAGGGCGACGCUUUGUCUCACACACUCGCUAACAGAAGUCACAAUUCAGCACACUUUUCAGUUUGAAAUAAAGAGCUUGUGUAUUUUGAUAUGCGGAUGAAUAAACUAGCUGUCAAACUGUAACUGAGCUUGGAAAUGAAGUUUUGUGUUCUGCUUUACUGCUGGGAUAACACGGUGAUGUCUGUGUGUGUUUUUAAAACCCUCAGCUUGGCUUUCAGGAAGCACACUCCAUUCCCCCGAACUGUGGGGUCCCUUUUUUUAAAAAAAAAUUUUUUUACACUUUGUGUUGUAGAUGAGACAUUGGACUCGAAUGGACCGCUAUGAGGAUGCUUAACAAAAUGAAGGUGACCACUACAGGGACCGGUGUCUUGGCAUGAGGUUGUACUCUUUUAAAAACUUUGUAUCAGAUUUCACACGCUGACUAUUUGUGCACUUCAUGCCUUGUCCGGUUAGCCCCUCACAGCCGCAGGACCAACACAGGAAAAAGGUCACAUGGUUGGUUCCACCACCAGUAAUGAGAGCCACCAGCAGAGCUGAGGUCGUUUCCGUUUCCAUUGAUUUGUACCGUCUUUGCUUUGUUUUGCGUAGAAUGCAUUGUGGAGAGGGUUUGUACGACAAUCCAGUACAAAACACUGUGCCAAACGAAAUCAAUCGGCCACAGAAAAAAGCUAUGAAAAAUUAAUAAUUUGUCAUAACCUGACCCAGAGCUCUGUGGUAAAACCUUUUUAUCAAUCCACUCUUCUUCCCCUCCUAAUGAAGCUUGUGUGUUAAGCCUCAGUAUUAACGUAUUUAUUGAAACACUUGCCAAGUGAAGGUACUGAAAUGUCCAUUAUAAUAUUUUGGUGGUUAUAAUUGAGUGAGUGAGUGAAUAUGCUGUGUGUUUACAUGUCCGCCAUUCUCCGCUCUCUUCUUCUUUUCCCUCUUACUUGAUUGGACUGUGUGUUCUCUCUUUGGGUCGAAGGCACUGAAACUGCACCACUGCGAUGGGCCUGCAUUCAUGCAACUUACAUGUCUGUUCAAGCGCGCUCGUUGGUACUCUUUGAGGUGUGUGUGCGUGUGUGUGUGUGUGUGUGUGUGUGUGUGUGUGUGCACUUUUAAUGGCUAUUGCUUAUGCUUGAGAUCUAUUCUGAUUAGAGGGAUGGACAUACGGUGAUAUUAAAAGCUCUCUUUGCAUCUUUUAUUUGGUUUCUUUUGUAAGGUUGACACACCUUAACACGUGUAUUUAGGACCACUUAAGAUGACAGACUUUUUUUAAAAGAGUUAAAAUAAACUUUGUGUAGUGGUGUACAAUUGAAAGUAAUGUAUUUUUUUUUUUUUUUUUUUCUUUUUUUUUUUAAAGUAUACCAAAUGUAAAUGAUGUACAAUGAGUGUGCCAAUCCCCUUUCUUUGUAAAGCCAGACUCUUAACAAAGUGCCAAUGUUGUGAAAAAUCAGAGGGCCUGUGAAUUUCAUGGUCCAGUUUUUAAAAGAAAUAAACACUUAAGUAUGUGAUUAAUUAACUAAAAAAAAAAAAAAAAAGGACAAUUUUAUUCUAUAUUUAAGAUUAUUGAUGAACUGCUGUUUUUAAAGAUAAAUGUCAUUUUAAUUGCAUGUUUGUCAGGUUGGGGAGCGGGUGGGUGAGAUACUGUAUUCAUGCAACACCCUCAUGAAAAGGGUCCUAAUAGUUAUUGAUUUACAGUAUUUUAGCCAUAUUUCUCUUUUGUAUGUUUCAUUUCAACCACUGUUGCCUGAACCUCAUUCAAACAUGAAAAUGAUUUUCAUAGCCUUCUCCUUUAAAUGUUUUAAAUUGGAAUAAAAUAUGUUCCUAUACUCUCUUAUUGCAUCCUUGUACAUUUCCUUUGGAGUGAGUUUUUAAGUUUUUUUUUUUUUUUUAACAUAUUGCAAGUGAAGAACCAUACAAAUUAUGUCAAAUACUACAAGUUGUGUACUUUACAUAACUUCCCGUACCUUCCACUAAGCUGUUUUCCAUUCUCUUCAGUACAAAGUUAAAAUUAAGACAAUUAUCAUGCAACAAUCACUAACUUUGACCAAAAAAAACAACACAAAAAACGUGAUGUUCAUAGUCGGAUCUCCACAAGUUAGUUUUUAUACCUUUUUUGUGGCAUUAAAGUCGGUGGCUCCUUUUAAAUGUAGUAUUUAACAUCUGCAAAGGGGGAAAACAUCUGACAAACUACAGCAUGCUUUGAACAAUGGUUAAUUGACAGCUGUAAUAUAAACUGUACAUGUUUAAUUUGUAUUAAAUGGACUGAAAUGUG